AUGGUUCUGCGACCCUCCAGCUCAAGCUGGAGUAUCGCACCGGAGACAAUAAUGAGCCACCACUACAAGCUCACCAGAGGAGUCAAAGGAAGAGUUGACACCAGCCCACCAUUUUCCAUGUACAAUAGCCCUAUAAGUGUACAUUACAUUCCAAAACGGGCUUCAUCAGCAGAUGCAGCGAAAAGACGGCAACCAAAGCUAUCGCGACCCCAUAAAGAAUUGUCCGAGUUUGUCGGUGACCCAUAUGGCCGAGGAGUUCCCAAACUAAACUUGCCGCUUUCGCUUACUGGUAACGAUGUCAAGUCAAAACUGUUACAAACGAAAACUUACCAGCCACCUUUACAUAGGAAUCGACAGGUAGCGAAGCCACCAGCGCCAAAGGCAGAAAAGAAUUUGGAGGAGAAGAAGAAGCGGGCGGAAAAGCAAAGACGAAAAGAGAACUUUUGUUUUGAUCUGUUCAAAGACGCAGUGUAUACCUAUGUGAUUGAUCGUGAAGUUUUCACAGAUGGAGUGAUAGCUGAGGCGGUGGACAUCGAAAUGGAAAAGUGGAGUAAUCAGAUUUCUUGGGAUGAUCUUGAAUGCCUUCGAGCGGAGAUUUUCGACGAGCUUGGUGUACGCCCAACACAUUAUACCCCGAAACAAACAAGGACAGAAAACAAAAGUAAAUCGAAAUCAUCACCCAAAAGGAAGUCAAGAUCAUCCACUGGAAGUACAGAGAGCUCAUCGAGCUCACCCCAUUCAUCCGGUUCCGCGUUGUCGGAAUUGAAAACUGACAGUGAUAGGUCGGAAGCGAAAUCCAAUAGUGAAAGAGUAUCUGAAUCAGAAUCCGAAUCUAGUUCAAGUUCAAGCUCUGGAAAAUCGGAAGCAUCAAACCGUUCCAGGAAAAAUAGCAGCAGUAGCGGCAGUAGCACUAGCAGCGAGAGCAAAUAG